GUAUGCGUACGGCUGAAGACUGGAAAUAUUAAUUAUUUAACUUUUUACGUCUUUCAGACUGAAACAAAUAGAUAUAAUUGAAUAAAACCAUGGCGGACGAUGACUAUGAUUUAGACAAAUACAAGAAAUUCUUACUUAACAGAGUUACCGCAACAACAGUCCUAGUUGAAAGUAUUGAGAAAUGUUUACAAACUGAAAACAAAGCCGCUAAACAUUAUUUCCACAAAAUUAUGAUACAUAACUGGCAGGAUACUUUGCAUCAGCUUUUUGAUAGGCUAUCAUCAUACUAUGGCAAAGUCCUAGGUGUGGUACCAGUCAAUUGUUCAACCCAGGGCGACAUUGCCACAUUUUACACAUCCAACCUCAGUAUCAUAGCAGAUAUUAUAAAAUUUGACUUCAUGUUUCCUUUCAAUAGAAACAUGUUUAGCAUAGACAUACUGUUCAAUGAUAAGACCUCCGCAGAGUUUUUUGGGACAAAGACAACUAUUGAUGAGAUUGUCUCUGGAGUAGUGAGCCGUAGAUUUAGCGAGAGAUGCGAAUUAGAUCUAUCUAACUUUUGUGAUGAUCCAGAAUUUUCCAAUAAAAAAAUAUUCUUUUAUAAAAUAUCCCUCCUGGCCAAUUUUAAAAUACUGAUGCUCAGAAUGGGGAGAGACACGAAAAUGUUAAACUUGAGCAACAAUAAUUUAAGCCAAGCUCCAUUAGAAAUAUUAAACUUCUUCAUAAAGGCAGAUUUGACGGCGGUGAACCUCAGCAACAAUAAUAUACUAUCAAUUACAGAGUUAUCAAGGGUCAGCAGUAAAAUAGAGAAGCUAUGGCUGGAAGGUAACCCGUUGUGCGAGAACUUAGAUCCAGUGGCCUAUGUAAAGACUGUAACUGUCAAGUUUCCUAGAUUAGUUGAGCUGGAUGGAGUAUCGUUAAACCAGCAUGGAAUGGUUUUUCCAUUCUACAGAAACUAUCUAUGCUCACACGACAGAAAAACCAAAAUGGUUGUCGAAAAGUUUGUAACUCUAUAUUUCUCAAAUUAUGAUCAGCCGCCUUCAGUGCGAAAGAAAAAGAUUGAAACAUUGUAUGACGAAAAGGCGAUUUUCACAUUAGCUUGCGAUUUUGCAGAAACAGACCAAAGCGUAUCCCAUUACACGCAAUACUCGCGCAACUUAUUAAAUCCUAAUAAGAACCCGUCGACUGCACAGAGCAAAACUUAUAAGUCCAGACAGAAUAUAGUCAACGUACUUGGCACUUUGCCUGAAACUGUUCAUGAUAGAAGCACUUUUACAGUGGACGUGCUAUCAAAUGAUAAAAAAUCACUACACAUUAUCAUAGAUGGCAUCUUCAGAGAAAAGAUUCGAGGAAAUCUGUUACAAUUUCGAAGGAAUUUCAUGUUUGGUAUCUACACGGUACGAGAUAACUCUGUGUAUCAUAUUGUUCAUGAUAUGUUUAGUCUGACCUAUGCUAACACAGAUCAGAUGAAUUACAGUUUUCAGCAUCCAAUAAGAAAUAUGAAUUCGUUAUCACUAAUAAACCCCACUCCGGAUGAAAGUGAAGCUAUUAUAAAAGCCUUUCAACACCUCACACAGUUGAAGAGACCGGAAGUUGAACUACGCUUAAAAUACCAUGGCUGGGAUAUAAGAGAUGCUUUGAAGAAUUUCAUGGCAGACGCAAAAAGUAAAAAGAUGGCGACUGAGUUGUUCAUGGACUCUGACUUUUCUGACUCUUCAUCGAUUUUAGAUGAUAUUGACUAUUAAGAAAUGCAAUAUUUAAGUAAUAUAAAAUAUUUUGAAUAAAUAGUGACUACUUC